AGCGGGACAGUGCAGAGCUUCCAGAGCUACUCCUGCUGCAGCAGCACUAGUGAAAUUGGAAGAGGGAAUAAGGAAGAUAUUGAUUCAGCAUUUGCAGAGUAUAUUUACCAGCUGUAGACAUUCUGUUCAUUUGCACUGCUUGCUAUUCAAAUUCCAGUGACUGUGUUUGGGAGCAGCCGUGAAAAAAGGAGAUGAUUGAGCUGGGUCUCGCUGAAGGGUGCCUCAUCGAUGAACUGAUGGAGCUGACGUCUCAGAGCAUCGGUCAGCUGGAGAUCCAGGAACAUUUCAACAUCAUUAAGGAGAUCGGACGGGGAAAAUAUGGCAAAGUGUUGCUGGUCACCCAUCGUUUUAGGGGGACUCCAAUGGCCCUGAAAGUGAUGCCUAAAGCCUCCACUAAACUGCAGGGCUUUCUACGAGAGUACUGCAUCUCCUUACACCUGUCCUGCCACCCCUGCAUUGUGGGCCUGUUUGGCAUCGCCUUCCAGUCUAAAGAGCACUACUGCUUCGCCCAGGAGCUGGUCAUUGGGAGGGAUCUGUUUGCCGUCAUCAAGCCAAAGGUGGGAAUCCCGGAGUCGUCAGUAAAACGCUGCGUCCUCCAGAUCUCCAGUGCGCUGGAGUUCAUCCACAGCCACGGUCUGGUCCACCGGGAUGUCAAGCCUGAAAACAUCCUGCUGCUGGACACUCACUGCCGUCAGGUCAAGCUGGCAGACUUUGGCCUCGCCCAGAAGAGAGGAACCCUCAUUCGCUUCAUCACAGGGACUUUGCCGUACAUGGCCCCGGAACUUUGCAGCGUGGCUCUGUUGGACAACCAGAAAGAGGUGACAGUGCCUCCUCUGAGCGUGGAGCCCAGUUUGGACACCUGGGCCUUUGCAGUGGUCAUCUUCUGCAUCCUGACCGGUUACUUCCCAUGGGAGCGUUGCAUGAACUCGGACAGCUUCUAUCAGGAGUUUGCCGACUGGUGCGAGACGAAGAAGAAAGUUUAUGUGGAGGAUGACGUCCCUCCUCUGUGGAGGAGGUUCACCCCAGAGGCUAUGGAGAUGUUCAGUCUGCUUCUGGCUCCAGACGCAUCGCAGAGGAGUUCAGCAGGAGCAGUGAGAGCGUACAUGGAAAAAGACUGGCUGAGAAAAGACCAUGGCAACGAGCUGCUCUAGAUAAAUGUACAGAGUGUGCCCUUAUUUGGAGGCAUGUUGUGUAGGAAAAUAUGUUGAUUAAUAUUAAACCAAAAGAAUGGAGGUAGUUUGUGUUUACUCGCGUCGUAAUUAAAAGAAAAAAAUGUUUAUUCGGUUCAAUUAAAAGUUCCAAUGUGGCAUACCAAAGGUAGACAUCAUUUAAAUAUAAAUCAUUGGGUUUUUUUAAUUUCCAUUAUUAUUUUAGAUAAUGGAAGGCAAUGCAAUGACAGUGAUUUCCUGCCUUCAGCUGUGACUAUCUACAAUAACUCUGAAGAAUUUAAUUAAUAUGAGUUACAGCUACAUUUAAUUUCCCUUUGAGAUGAAUAAAGUAUUUUUGAAUUCAAUUUGAAUUGAAUUAAGUAUAUGUAUCACAGAACAACAUUUCUGAUUCAAAAGGAUGAAUCAGAAACCCUUGGAAGAAAGAUUUUUUUUUCUUACAUAAGAACAAUGUACAAAAUAAAAAAAGAAAAUACAUUUCGAAUUCUCUGAAAUACAAAUGAUUUGAUCCAAAACAUUAGCUAGUCAUGUAAAAAUCUUCUCCUGUAUAGCUACUGUAUUUUUUACAAAAUAAUGUUGUUUGAAAUUAAUAUUUCAAAUCUAAUAGGUGCAGUUUUGUUAUAUGUUAUGUGAAACAUGUGAUUUUAGUUUAAGCAAUUUUUUCACCUGGACGACCUGGAUGCUGACAUUGCCAGCAGUAAACUAAAAUGACCACAGGACAUUUUCCAAUCUUCUGACAUUUAUGGACAACUCUGAUGGACAGUAACCUUUAGUCCUGGAGCUCUUUGUAUUGUUUUUUUUAAAGACCCUAAAAGAUCAUUUUUAUCUUCUGUCUGACAAAACAUGGCUCUGAACUUUAGGAGCCUUUGAAGAUCUGUGACCCUAGUCGGGUUGUGGAGGGCAGGUGUGUGGCUUAUGGAGAAACCUUUCAUAAAUAAGGACACACACACACACACACACACACACACACCCGCACGCACACCCACGCACAAAUGUGUUUAGAUUGAAGUGUUUUCAGAUACACUAUGUUGGGCUGUGGUUACAUCCUGUGUUAACCAGUACUGUGUACCUUUUUGUUGAACAGUUACUAUUUAGUAAUAUAAUACAAACAUCAGUUUAUGAUAGACUGUGUGGGUGUAGCUCUGUGUUUGGAUGUGUGCUUGUUCACGAAAAACAUUUAUGUUCUUUGUUUUAAGAAGCAAAUUAAAGAACAUUCUUGCUUUAUUUUGCUUCAAUAUUUUAAAGAAUAUGUUGUUCUUUAAAAUAUUAUUAGUUCAGCGUUUUUCUACGUUUCUGAAGUGAAUGUAACAGUAAAUCUAAGUAAUUAAUGAGAACUCUUGAUGUCUUGUUGCAAACUUUAAACAGGGCUUCAUAUGACAUCUCAAUAUUGGAUUUCUACUUGCCAUUUUUCUGUGAAGCUCAGAUUGAUAGAAUGGAUGUUAAGCUGUCAGCAUUCUAUCAAGUCAGAGUUCUUCGUUCAGAUACCUCGUGCUUCUUGGUUGCUUUUUUCAUUAAUGCUCUUUUUGCCCAACCUGUCAGAUUAAGUAAGGCAGAAUGUUGUGCUUGCUAAUCUUGUUUACAUGUUAGACUUGUUUCCCUUUCUCUCUAGUUCAGCUCUCAGUGGGUUAUCUUCGGUCUACUGUUAAAUAUUCCCCUGAUUAGACUCACCUGGUUCCCAUGCCAUUGAUCACUUCUUUUCUGUGUUUAAGCUCCUUGGCCAAUUUGUGAGAGAACUUUAUUUGUCUUAAUUUGUUCCAUCAUUAAAUCUCUUCACCU